CCUAGCUGAAUCCCAUCCCUACACAUCAGAAAACCAUUUAUUUACACAUCCUUGCCUUCCCACAGACAGCCAGCUUUCAGAUUGCCACGAGCCCUGCUGCGUGCAGGAGGCAGCUUGCUUGUCCUGCUCUGUCUGCAGUGCAGCUCUGCCAGCACUGCUCUGUCCCAGCGAUUCCCUUCUUUGGUGCAGCAGCAGCUCCAGCUGCUGACAGGAGAAGCACAAACUUCUCACACAGUGAUUCACUUAUGAACACAUUGGAAUGAAAAAAAAAAAGAUAACCACAUUCAAAUGUGUUAAUACAAGCCUGUAGACGCCCUUUCUCCAUCAGCUGCAGAGAAUUCUUCCAAGUUACCCAGAGCAGUGGCAGUACACAAGCACCUGGAAGAGCUGAGCCCCAGACAAGCCAGCUUUCAGGCACUGACUUCCACAAAACAUCUCUUCUCUUUGCAUUCCUUGGAAAUUCCCAAACUGCUCUUUCUCCUCUUAUGGAUACCUCCACAAGCUGACACUUUGAAGAAGACAGUGUAAACAGCCCCAAAAACAAGUGACAGCCGGAAAACUUAAUGGGAAGAUCCAACUGUUAAGUCAGCGUGCGUAAUAGCAAAUGGAAAAUACAGGAUCUUAACGAACAGCUCAUCGUGCCCUUAGGGACAGUGCUGAGCUGUCCCGGACUCCAUUCCUGAGAAGACUGCAGCAAGCCAGCCGGGACUCCCAGGAGCGGAACCCACCAUGAGGGACUCAGCAGGCUUCCUCCUUUGUUCGCUGCUGCUGCUGGCCCUGCAUGGCACAGAGCUGGCUGCCCAGGAUGAGCAGCCUGACCCCAAAAUGUCAUGUGCCAACUGGAUGGGAGGAGCACCCGGCCACCCCGGCCACAACGGGCUGCCUGGAAGGGAUGGCAAGGAUGGAAAAGAUGGACAAAAGGGAGACAAAGGAGAGCCAGGUCUACAAGGCGCCAGAGGUGACACGGGUGAAAAGGGUGCCACAGGUGCAGAAGGACCGAGAGGAUUUCCAGGACACAUGGGGAUGAAGGGGCAGAAGGGCGAAAGCGCCUACGUGUACCGCUCUGCCUUCAGUGUGGGGCUGACGGAGCGAGCCCCCCACCCCAACGUCCCCAUCCGCUUCACCAAGAUCUUCUACAACGAGCAGAACCACUACGAUGCUAGCACUGGCAAGUUCCUCUGCAGCAUCCCUGGCACGUACUUCUUUGCCUACCACCUGACGGUCUACCUGACAGAUGUCAAGGUCAGCCUCUACAAGAAGGACAAGGCAGUGAUCUUCACCUACGACCAGUUCCAGAACAACAACGUCGACCAAGCGAGCGGCUCUGUCUUGCUGCACCUCAGCUCGGGGGAUGAGGUCUGGCUCCAGGUGUACGGGGAGGCUGACAAGAAUGGGGUCUAUGCCGACAACAUCAACGAUUCCACUUUCAUGGGCUUCCUCCUGUACCCAGACAUGGAUGACCAUUAGAGCAGGGGGGCUACACGGGAGGGGACAACCCCACCUGCCUUCUGGGGCACCGGCACUACAGCUGCACUCUAUUCACCAGAAAAUUCCCUUGAGUGGGGGCCACAAUUGCCCAGGGUGGACCCCAUCUCCCCUGAAAUCACUGACUUGACACACAGGUGACUUCCAUGGGACCAAGGGUCCACUCCUACCUCUGCUCUUGCUCUCCUAAUGGAAACCAGGGCCCCAGGUCAAACACCACCCCGGCCACAUCAUGAAAUGUGCGCUCUCAAGAUGGGCAGGCCUUUGUUGUAAAUUUAAAGCUCAUUAGAAAACACAUAUAUCAGCUACAUUUAAAUAUCAGAUUCUACCUUUCCCCUUUUUCGUCACUUGAAUUCAGCUGGCACAAUGGUUCCUAUUUUAGCCAGCGUUACCUCCCUGCUUGAGUUCAGCUGCAGCCGGUGGCCGGGCUUUUGCCAUCAUAACUCCCCAUCUCAUCAGGGCCUCUGACCCCCACCCGUGGUUGGUCGUCUCCCUUCUUUAACUCAGAUCUUUCCAUGUAUACAACACACAGCAGAGCUAAGGCGUUGCUACAAGCACAAGACAGCAUUAAGGGCUUUGAGGCUUUGACUGAAAAUACUUCCUACAGCAGGAUUUUCUACACCCUGCUGGAUUACCACGCUGCACAUAAUAUUGACAAUAAAGUGCUCUCUCGGUUAUGAA